AGCACCCAGGCCAUGUCGCUACGUCUAUCGCUGAACGCUCUCGUGGCGUGCAGUGGUCGCCAUCACCAUGGUGGCCUCUUGACCAAAACGACAAGGACAACGGCCGUGAAGGCGCGUUACGUCAUUGCUCGGUUCAACUCGUCCAUUGUCGACCCCCCAACUCAACCUGCACCCCAACUCCCAACCCCGGGCCCAGGCGUACCCUACGACACGCUCACUGUCGGUGUCCCGCGCGAGACAUCAGACAAGGAAGCACGCGCGGCGCUCACCCCUGCGGGCGUCGCGACCCUCAUCAAGGCCGGGUUCAAGAAGGUCCUCAUCGAGCCCGGAACUGGCGCGGCGGCCAACUUUCCGGACGCCGCCUACGUUGAUGCUGGAGCCACCUUGUCAGAGGAGGGCAUCGGCAAGGGCUCUGCGUUCGACUCGGAUGUCGUCCUCAAGGUCAGACCUCCCACGUCGGCGCAAGUGCAGGCGAUGCACUCUGGCCAGACGCUCAUCUCGUUCCUCCACCCUGGCGUCAACACUGGCCUCACUGAAGAACUCCGCUACCACAAUAUCACCAGCUUUGCAAUGGACGCCGUACCCCGUAUCUCGCGUGCCCAGAUGUUUGACGCGCUGAGCAGCAUGGCCAACACGGCCGGCUACAAGGCCGUCCUCGAGGCCGCAAACGAGUUUGGCCGUUUCUUCACCGGGCAAACCACGGCCGCGGGGCGGAUCCCGCCGGCAAAGGUUCUGGUUAUCGGAGCUGGUGUUGCUGGUCUUUCGGCUAUCACCACCGCUAAGCGUAUGGGUGCGAUUGUGCGCGGUUUCGACACGCGUCCAGUUGUCAAGGAGCAAAUCGAAAGUCUCGGCGCCGAGUUCCUCACGGUCGACAUUGAGGAGGACGGUAGCGGACAGGGAGGAUACGCCAAGGAGAUGAGCAAGGCUUUCCUCGACGCAGAGAUGGCACUGUUCGCCCAGCAGGCUGCUGAUGUCGACAUUAUCGUCACGACGGCCUUGAUCCCCGGAAAGCCUGCCCCCAAGCUGAUUACCAAGGAGCACAUUGCGGCCAUGAAGCCUGGCUCCGUUGUCGUCGACCUCGCUGGCGAGGCGGGCGGCAACUGCGAGCUGACCAAGCCCGGCGAGAAGAUCGUCACACCGAAUGGUGUCACCAUCCUUGGCUACACGGACCUCCCGUCUCGUCUGCCUGCCCAAAGCUCCACUCUCUACUCGAACAACAUCACAAAGUUCUUCCUGUCGAUUGGAGGGAAGGGCGAGUACAAGAUUGACCUGGAGGAUGAGGUCGUCCGCGGCUCCAUCGUCACGUACCAAGGCAAACUGAUGUGGCCUGCUCCGCCCAUCAUCCGCCAGCCCGCCCUCGCUCCCGCCAAGCCUGCUCCACCCAAGCCCCUCCCGAAGCCCGAGGAGAUUGCCUCCAUCAACCCGUGGCAGAAGGCCGUCCGCCAGGUCACCGGCACGUCCGUCGCCGUCGGCUCGACCCUCGCCCUCGGCAAGGUCACCAGCCCGGCGUUCAUGUCGCUCAUCGGCACCAUGGGUCUCGCUGGCCUUGCCGGUUUCACUGCCGUCUGGCGCGUCACGCCCGCCCUUCACAGUCCUUUGAUGUCCGUGACGAACGCACUCUCGGGCCUUGUCGGAGUGGGCGGCCUCUUUGCCAUCGGCGGCGGAUUCAUGCCCGAGACGUUGCCGCAGUGGCUUGGUGCCGCCAGUGUCCUCCUCGCCAAUCUCAAUGUGUUCGGCGGCUUCUUGAUCACCAAGCGCAUGCUCGACCUCUUCCGCCGCCCGGGUGAUCCUCCCGACUAUGGCUGGCUGUGGGCCGCCCCCGCCGCUCUGUUCGCGGCCGGUCUCGUGUGGGCCUACUCCACUGGAGAGGCAGGCUUGACCACGGCCGGGUACACGGUCGCCACGUUCCUCAGCAUUGGCGCACUGACUGGCCUGAGCUCACAGACCACCGCCCGCUUCGGCAACACCCUCGGCAUUCUCGGUGUCUUCAUCGGCUUGCUCACCGCCGUGCUAUCAGUGCACUUCACCAAGGAGCAGCUGGGCCAGCUCGCGGCGCUGACGGUGAUUGGUGGUGGUGCCGGGCUCCUGAUCGGCCGCCGUGUGUCUCCCAUGGCGCUGCCCCAGACUGUGGCUGCACUGCAUAGUGUCGUCGGCCUCGCGGCUGUCCUCACGUCCGUUGCGUGUGUGCUCGACCCUCACGCCCACGGCGAUGUCAACACUCUGUACCUCACCACGGCGUUCCUCGGUGUCCUCAUUGGAGGCGUUACCUUCACUGGCUCGCUGGUCGCCUAUGGCAAACUCGCUGGUAGAUUGUCAUCGAAGCCGCUCCGCCUUCCAGGCCGCCAUCUCAUCAACACCUCGCUCCUCGCGGCGAACACGGCUACGUUUGGCGCUUUCCUGACCCUCGGCCCAGCGUCGCCUGCCAUAGCAGCCGCUUGUCUGGCUGGGAACACGCUUCUGUCCUUCAUCGGUGGCUACACGACCAGCGCAGCCAUCGGCGGUGCCGACAUGCCCGUGCUUGUCACCGUGUUGAACGCGUACUCGGGCUUCGCGCUGGUCGCUGAAGGAUUCAUGCUGGAUAACAUGCUGCUCACCAGUGUGGGAAGCUUGAUUGGUGCCAGUGGCAGCAUUCUGAGUUACAUCAUGGUGGGUCCUAGGCCGUGACCAAGCUGAUCCUCAGUGCAAAGCCAUGAACCGGUCCCUCGCGAAUGUUAUCUUCGGUGGUAUCGCCCCGACGACGACUACGACUGGCGACUCGACCAAGGGCCUCGAAGUCACCAAGACGAGCGUCGAUGAAGUGGUGGACAUGCUGCAGAACGCCGAGACGGUGGUCAUCGUUCCAGGCUACGGAAUGGCCGUCGCGAAGGCUCAGUACUCCAUCGGCGAGAUCGUCGCCGCGCUGCGAGCAAAGGGUGUUCAGGUGCGGUUCGGCAUCCACCCAGUGGCUGGCCGCAUGCCUGGCCAGUGCAAUGUCCUCCUGGCCGAAGCUGGUGUGCCCUAUGAUCUCGUUCUCGAGAUGGACGAGAUCAACGACGACUUCAAGACCACGGACGUGGUGCUCGUCAUUGGCGCCAACGACACUGUGAACCCCAUCGCCCUCGAGCCAGGCUCGCCAAUCGCGGGCAUGCCCGUUCUGUCAGUAUGGAACGCAAAGAACGUGGUGGUGAUGAAGCGCGGCAUGGCGGCUGGGUACGCUGAAGUACCCAAUCCGCUCUUCUACUACCCCAACACCAAGAUGCUCUUUGGUGAUGCGCGGUCAACGUGCGAGGGUCUCAACAGAGCCAUCUCAAGUUCGUCCCAUUGAGACCAUAAAUGAAGUUUUGUAUGCAGG